AUGAAUUUAUAGAUAUAGUCAGAGAAAUGUAUAUUUCCUAACAAAAACAAACAUUCAUUUGGCCCAACGCCUUAAGCUGUGAAAAUAAGUAACAAGCGAUUAAAGAGAGAAUCAAAAAGUGUUAUGGAAGUCUCCUUUAAAAAGAAUGAUUAAGUGAUAAUAGUUGAAAAUUGGAAAAAAUACAACGAGGAUGUUAGUAACCUUGAGCAACCUUAAACUCCUAUAAGAAAGUUCAAAGAGACUAGCUGCACAGGUUGUUAAAUUUUCUGA